GGGCGACCCCCGUGGCGGCGGCCCCGGUGGGAGCCAUGUUCGAGACAGAGAACACUGGAAAAUUUUUUGAAUUUUAAAAAUGUUAAAAUCUGUUUCAAAGAAGCCAUUGUGUUAGAUUAUUAUGUAUCUGGAUUUUUGUGGAGUAAAGGAAUGGAAUUUACUAUAAUUCAAUAUUCAAGAUUUAUGACUCUAUUACAUAUGUUACUUCAUAACCUUAGCACACUUCAAAUGUCCUUAGAAGAUAACAUAAAGUGGGUUGGAGAAGUUAUGGCUGAAAUAGGACCAUCCCACCAACAAAAAGAUGAGGAAUGGAAUAUCUUUGAUGUAAAGCAAGCCAAUGCUAUUAUUGACUACUUAAAAAUCAGCUUAUUUCAACACUAUAAACUCUAUGAGUUUCUGUUCUACUCUACCAGGGACGAAAUUGUGAUAGGCACUGAGCAAGUAAUAGAGGUUGUCAAGUCUUCAGGUUUUCCUUACCCUGAUCCUUUAGAAGAAGGAAUUUCAUUUGAUAUUUAUUCAACUUUCAUAGAGCCACAACCAACACUGGAUAAAGAAAUUGAGAGUUUGGAUCAAAAACAACAACUUGCGCAAUCCCAGUUAGAAGCUGACACUUCAGAAAAAGAUCUUUUAGCUGAUUUCACGAUUGAAGAUAUAAAAUCACUGCUGGGUCAAGUCACAGAUGACAUUUUAAUCGACAUCAAGAAUGAGAUAAACGAAAAGCUGCAAAUACAGGAAGAGGCCUUUCAUGCACGAAUAGAAAAAUUGAAAAAGGCCUAAGGACUCAGUACCAGAACAGUGAUGACAAACUUCACAGAAACAAACAGAAUCAGCUACAAUAGUAAACAUCCUAUAGCAUCAUGUCUCCUUCAUUUAGUUGAGAGCAGAAAACAGAGCUCACUUUCUAUGAUCUUAAGUAAUUAGGAAUGUAUUUGUCCCUAUUUUGGUAUCUUCUAUUCCAUAAUAGCCUCUGA